AUGCGUCAUAGCAUCAGCUUCCGGGCACUAUGUCAUUCCCUCACCUGGUUCAGCAUCAUCUGCAAAAACCAUGCAGCUCACACCGUUCCAGUACCCCCCAUAACCAGGUGUGUCAAGUCCGAAUGCGUGAGCGGCCUUUCCUCCAAGCCAAAGGAACAGAGAACUCUACCGCACUUGGGUGACCUCGGUCAAGCGAUGCCCAUGUUUCGUUUCGGCCGGCUGUUCCAGAAUGACUUCUGUCGGCUCAUGCUUCCAAAUGACCACUUCUCCUCGCAAGUCUCGCGGGAGCACUUCCAGAUUUGGGCUGAGGAGUGGCCUGACGUGGGUCUUCAGUUACCGGGCCGGCCUUGCUCAUUCUUUUUGACCAACUACGGCACUGUCGGGACAACUGUGGAUGGUGAGAUGCUGGACUCUCGCGGGCAGCAGGCUGUGCUUCACGAGGGAAGUCGCAUCGCACUCCUGCGGCGCGUUAUGGACAAGGGCCGGGAAUCGAAGGUGGAGUUCCUCGAGUUCAUCUUCAGCUUGGAAGGGUCAAUCUUGGUUGAUGCAGAUGAGACCUACCAGUCCAUGCCUGGUUCUCGAAGGAGCUGUGCAGCACCCUCGCCCCCUUUGCUGGGAGGCCUUGGUCCUUCACCAAACUCGGAGAGGUGUGGCGACAAGGUGAAGGGUGGCAUGUCCUUCGUUGGGCCAGAUGUGGAGCCAGUGUAUAUCCUGGAGUUGGGUGGCACAGCUUUGCGGGCAGGAGUGCCUCGCGAGAACUUCAGAGUGCUGCAUGGCCCAUCGGCCUCAGCAAUUGCGUCGGCACCCUCCUGCGAGGUUCCCUGCCCGCCCUUGACUCUCGGAAGCAAGCUCCAACCAGGCUUCUGGAACAGGAUCUUGACCGAUGACGCGAGAGACUUGCUGGCGGAACAGCACCUGCAGAUUGAGGUCGAUGAAAGCCUUGAAGGCCUUGAGCAGCGGCGUUUCUUCCUGAGGAAUCUCAGUGAGCUGUCCCUGCGCGUUGAAGGCGCGCCGGAGGGGCACGACAGCACUCGGCUGCCAGAUGAGGAUGGUCGUUGGCAGCUGCACCAUGGUGACACCGUGCUCCUGAACCUCUGCAAGGGAAGCUCCAUGUGGAUGUGCUUCCGCGAGUUCUCUGCAAAGGCUUCCUCGAUGUGUGAGGCUUAG